ACUUCGCUUUUUGACAGUGAGGUCGGUCACAAACAAAAAAAGGGGAAGGAAACCAGUCAAACCAGAUAAACACGUCUAGUUGCCUUACUCAUCGUUACACAAGGAGAAGUCAGCAGCUUUUUUUAGUUUUACUGUCUGGCUCAGUGUUUCUGACCUAUGGCCACACGUCCAUAUCGCUGGCUUAUCACGUGUUGCCUCCUCGUACGUUGUUCCUUGGCUCUGGAAACAGCAGGUCUGUGUUUUUAUGUGCACUUCAACUUGUUGAAUACCAGCACCCUGCCCUCGACGAGGAGUGCUCACUGUUCAAGGUUCAGGAAGAUAACGAGAGGAGAGCGUUACCAUGGGCGAGACGACACAACACUCUCUGCUGCUUCUGCUGUGUCUGUCAGGGCUUGUUCACCUUUCAGCUGCCUUCGUGUUUUGGACAGCCGAGGUGGAAAUACGCUAUGCAGAAAAAGACAACAAGACCGUGGACAAAAGGUGCGAGUGCGGGGUGUAUGGUCGUAACUCUCCCCUGGAUAGAGUCUCAGGUGUUGUUGCACUUCCCACGAGAGACCCCGAAGGCUGUGGGCCGGAUCCUGGCUACAACCGUAAUGCCAGCUUACCAGCCUGGAUAGCCCUGGUCAAACGGGGCAACUGUACCUUCAGCGAGAAGAUCAAUGCUGCCAGACAUCUCGGAGCAGUUGGCGUGGUGGUGUAUAAUGUGGACGGCAGCGGCGACAGCACCACUCACAUGUCUCACUCGGGUACAGGUGAGACCGUGGCUAUCAUGAUUGGCAAUUCUCAGGGCCUGGAGGUAUUCAAGUUGGUGGAGAAUGGGACAAAUGUGCAAAUGACUAUUAUAGUGGGCAGCCCCCAUGGACCCUGGAUGGACACCUACUGGCUUUACUUCCUGUCCAUCGCCUUCUUCAUUGUGACAGCAGCCUCAAUCGCCUACUUUGUGUUUAUCUCUGCAAAUCGUCUGUACAGCAUGAGACAGCAGAAGAGCUCUGACAGGAGGCUGAAGUCUGAGGCCAAGAAGGCGAUCGGCCGCCUCCAAUUGCGCACACUCAACAGGGGCGACGAGGAAACUACGUCCGAUUCCCACAUGUGUGCCGUGUGCAUCGAAUCCUACCGGGCCGGCGAUGUGGUGACGGUGCUCACGUGCGGCCACAUCUUCCAUAAACCCUGCAUCGAGCCCUGGCUGCUGGAGAGGAGGACCUGUCCCAUGUGCAAGUGUGACAUCCUGAAGGCACUGGGGAUUGAGGAGGAGAGGAAGGAGAGCAUUUCCGAUUACUCACCAGAAGAGGUCACUGUGAUCACGGUGGCAGGAGGAGAAGCCCUCUACGACGUCCCACUGACUGGCCCAGGGAGCUCCGACCCAGCGAUAAAUCAGCAUCGCUAUGACAACAGGGCCUAUGAGGAAGACACAGAGGCAGCGCGAGUAUGAGCAACAGCAACAGAAACAAAACGGCAACCGUGGAUACGCUGAACCAGCAGAAUUAUAGAACUUUAAUCUUCCAACAGGAGAAACUCUGUUCAUCUUGUAGCCUAAUGCAGGCGUGCUAAAAGAAAGAUUAAAAAAACAACAACAAUCCAAGGAUUUUAAAUGUUAAUGGACGUUGUCUAAUUAGCUUUGCAUGCAACUGCAUUUUCUUUGCAUCCAUCUCGGCACAAGUGUGUAAUUAUUGGUAAUUAUUGGGUUUGUUGAUAAAGUGACCUAGAGGUGGUUAGAAUAGAUUCUGGAAACUGAUCAGUCGUGGAGUGAUGCCGGUGUCAAAUGACUGUUUUGCAUAGUAAGCACACCGGUUAGGGAGGAGGUGCAGCAAAGGAUUUGAAGACGUGUUUGAAAUCAAGGCCAAAUUUUCCUCCUUGUCAGCUUCUCUCAGUCCCUCAGAACCGUCCGAUGUCUUUUCAAUUCACAGAAGACUUCGUUUCUCUCAGUUGAUUUCAAAAUGUUUCACUUCCUCCUGAUCUUCUCUAAAUGGAAUUUUUUUGUGUUUCCAUUCUGGGUUUUUUUUCUCUGUCAUGUUACCAAACGUGAUUCACAAAACACACCCUGUUGAACACACCCUGGACUGGAAGUGCAGCAUGACACACAUUGCACUGUGAUGAGUUCGAGACAUCAGCCUGAGAGCUUGGCAUUCUUCCCAAAAACAAAGUCCAUAGAAACAUGUUUACCACACAAGAGUUUGUCUAGUCCGUCCUGAUUGCUGGCUGGUUUAUAGCUAAAUUCUGAGAACCAGAAAUAUGGCGGUGCAAUAAAUGUCAUAGGAACUGUUGAUGAUUUGCCUCAGAAUGUGUGAAAGUGCCGCGUUCUGGCUUUUUGAAAUAAUAUUCGGUGGAGCGGUUGCACUUUUCACGAAGUUCAACCUGUUAAGUUAAAGGGAAAACAUAAAAUAUCUAUCAUCAGUUUUCAUGUCUAAACAGCUGAUUUUCAUUUAAAGUACCAAUUGUUCUCUUUAAACAGGUUUUCCAGGUUGUGCCUUUUUGGUUAUAUGGAAAUGUGUAUACAAUCCCUGUGGUUUAUUCAAUCCCUGUGGUUUACUCAAUCCCUGUGGUCUACCUCUGAGCUCACAUAUAUAUUAUACAAACACUUAAAGAUUCUUCAAUUCCAAGACUGAGUGUGUAACUCGGUUAAUGACGAGACUUAUUUCAUUUCUUUGUUUGCUGGUGGGGAUAAAGUGAUUAUGGGACUUAACAUAGGACUUAAUAUAUUUUUCUAUAUUGAAUCAUUUUCAUGGCUUUUACAGAUUCUUAAGUCUUAAAUUGUUCUGUUAAAAAAAUGUACAUGCCUUGUUGUAUUAAAUCACAUUGAUGCUUAUUAGAAUGCAAUAAAUCCCUCAAAGUGAGGCCAAGCAUC